UACGGUGGUCUCUGCGCAGGCGCACACUAGCAGGCAUUUCCGGGCCUUCGUUGGACACCUCGGAAAAGACGGCCUGUGGGACUUUCCACAGGAACCAUGGCUACCUACAGCUUGGCGAACGAGCGGCUGCGCGCCCUGGAGGACAUCGAGCGCGAAAUCGGCGCCAUCCUCCAGAACGCAGGAACGGCGAUCCUGGAACUGUCCAAGGAGAAAACGAACGAGCGGCUUCUAGACCGGCAGGCGGCAGCCUUCACCGCUUCUGUGCAGCACGUGGAGGCGGAGCUGUCGGCUCAGAUCCGCUACCUAACCCAGGUGGCCACAGGGCAGCCCCACGAGGGCUCCAGCUACUCCUCCAGGAAGGAUUGCCAAAUGGCGCUGAAACGAGUGGACUAUGCCCGUCUUAAGAUCAGCGAUGUGGCCCGAACCUGUGAGCAGAUGCUGGAGAGCUAAAUCAGGAUGACGCGGUGCGACCUGCACUUUGGAACAGAGCCCAGAGACCGGUAGGAUGGGAGCAGAGCGGUACAUACAUGCCCUACUGGUCAGGGCAGACGAGGACCAUGGGGCAGAAAGUAGAACUGGAGACUCUAAAGCCCAAGUCUGCCCACAGACCUGUCCUGGCUCCUCUAGCAAGAUGGCCCUGCAUUCCAUUAUGCAAGCUCAGACAGGGAUCAGACAACUGCCCAGCCUACUUCCUCAUGCACACCCUGCCCUUGAGUUCCAGAAGACUUGGCCUAAUAAAAAUAUUUUUUUAAGAUUUACAA